GCCUCCCAGUGAUCCUCCACUCCUCCUUCGAGUUGCUAAACAAGCAACAAGCUUGAUACCGUGAGAUUAAAAAAGUGCUAUUUUAAUCCCUGAGGACACUUUGCUUUUUUUGGGCUUGAGCAACAGAGAUGGGAAGCACGUAUAAGGAUGAGCAGGACGACUGGGUGACGGUCUGUCUUAAGUACCUUCUCUUCGUCUUUAACUUCCUCUUCUGGAUGGGCGGAGGCGUUGUCAUGGGAGUGGGAAUCUGGACUCUGAUCGAUAAGGGCGAGUACCUAAGCCUGCUGGCCUCCAGCACGUUUGCUGUGUCAACCUACAUCCUGCUCUUGGCCGGAGGAAUGGUCAUGGUCACUGGCUUCCUGGGGUGCUGUGCUGUCAUCCGCGAGCAGAGGAGCCUCCUGUCCACGUACUUCUCCUGUUUGCUGGUGAUAUUUCUGAUUGAACUUGUAGCUGGAGUCCUAGCGUACGUGUAUUAUCAGAGGUUGAGUGAGGAGCUGAAGCAGCACCUGAGUAAGACGAUGACGGAGAAUUAUUCUCAGCCAGGGAAGGAGAGCAUCACUCAGGCAGUGGACCAACUGCAGCAGGAUUUUAAGUGCUGUGGGAGCAACAACUCAUUUGAUUGGCAGCACAGCACAUAUAUCAUGUCCCAAGAGGCAAAAGGCAGGGUGGUUCCUGACAGCUGCUGCAAGACGAUAACCCCUCAAUGUGGCCUGAGAGACCAUCCGUCCAACAUCUACAAAGUGGAGGGUGGCUGUAUCACCAAACUAGAACGCUUCCUCGCUGACCACUUGCUUGUUAUUGGAGCGGUAGGCAUCGGCGUGGCCUGUCUACAGAUCUGUGGGAUGGUGUUCACUUGUUUUCUACACAGACAGAUAAAGCUAGAUCCAUACUGAUCGAUCAACAAGAGGCCCACAGGUCACCCCAACUGCUUGCUAUCAAUCCUCACACUCUUUUCCUCAAAAUUCUUGUUCCAGUGCCUAAAUUGCAAUACUGUGCUGUAAACUAAAAAUGCCUUUAUUCUUAAUUUCAAUCUUAACAGUUUAGAUAUUUCUUGUAGCACAGAUACCUAAGAGUUUAUUUACUAUUGCUGUGCAGUUUAUUACAUUGAGAAAUGUUAUUUAAUCUUAUGAAACGUUGGAAAUGACAUUUAAUGAAAUGUAUUUUUCUCACUGUC